AUGUCGACAAACUCUACUACUUCGAGCCCCUCCGCUGGAGGCAGCGGUGCUAUACCGCCGUUUGCGCUCCCGAUCAUCGAGGCGUUCGCUCGCGAAAUCCGACCCGCCAUCGCGUUUAUCAUGAUCGGCACUGUCUUUACCACCAUCCUCCUCUCGCUGCUUGUCGCGCUCUUCUUUCUCUCAGACGCACCCCUGCGGAAACGACCCGUUUUCAUCUUCAACGCCGGUGCACUUGUUCUCGGCAUUGUCGUCGGCAUCUUGAACAACCAUCUUGAGAUCCAUGCCAUCCUUUCACCGUUAGAUGGCGAUAGCAACGUCGAGAAUUUGGUUUACAACAUUCUUUUCCUAUGGCUCCCCUGGCUCUCCGAAGCCGUCCUCAUUCUUCGGAUCGUCGCCGUAUUCGGCUCAAACAAGGCCCGUUUGGUCCCGGUGUUGAUAUUCCCGAUCGUCCUGAAGUGCUUGCGGGCGUCCCUCAUCAUCUUCUACCUGCAACGCUGGUGGCUGAUCAGCUCGGCAACGGGACCCUCGAACCCCGUUGCGCUCACCCGUCUCACUCAGUCCUGGACGCCCAAAGUGCUGUCGAUCACGGAGAUGCUGGACAACGGAUACGCGUCAGCCGUAUUCCUUUUCCAGCUGCGCAGUCAGUCGUCCGUACAUCGAAACGGCCAUAUCUCCACCGGUAACUCCGGAAAGUGUAAGGAUUUCUACCUUAAACCGAGGCGCUCGCUCACGCUCGAGGCGUACACAGACUCAUUCCGGAACAAGGUUCGGAUCCUGUUUUGGAUAGCGACGACCAACUUUGUCGUGCCCGCUCAUUCUACUGUUCAGACGAACGCAUUCACCACGACGGCGUUUACCGUAUUGGCGACGGUAUGGAGCUCGAGCGUGAGCUUCAAAGAGGCGCGGGACACCAAUAUGAACGCAUCCGGCGUCGUUUCGGAGAUGCGGUUCACGUCCGGUCAGUCCAAGACGACGACCACCGCAACCAUGGCAUCCAGCGGAGGUGGAGGAAUGGUGAGUUUCAUGAGCACGAUGCGGAGCUCGCUGGAAACGCGCCAUGGGAGUGGCGACGAGAAAGAGGGUUUCGUCGGGCAAUGGCCUGUACAGGAGGUUCCGAUGAGGCCGUUGAGGGCACUGUCGACGAACAACUCCGCAGCGUGA